AUGUCUUGGCCAUUUUCAACUUUGGAUAAACUCGUGGUAGUGACCGGAGGAGGGUCAGGGAUUGGGCUUUCUUAUGCUGUCCUCGCUGUGGCGAACGGAGCCAAGUCAGUCAUUAUUGGAGAUAUAGCACUGACAGAUGAAGCCCAGAAGAUUGUUGCCGAAACAUCAAACCUAUCAUUCCAACACUGUGAUGUUACUCAAUGGGCCGACUUGCAACGUUUAAUUGAUGUUUGCGUCACCAAAUUCGGUGACGUUCCAGAUAUUUAUGUGGCAUCCGCGGGCGUUUUCGAACCAGCGUAUUCCAACUUCUGGGAAGAUCCUGAGCCACUUGAGACCAAUGGGUACAAGCAUGUCGACAUCAACGUCAACCAUCCAAUAAAGUUUACAAGACUUGCAAUGAGAGCGCUUCUUGGAAAACAAAAACAGGGUGUCGUGGCCCUUGUCUCCUCCAUUGCUGGAUACAGCAAGCAGUAUCCAGCUCCCAUCUAUAGCGCAACAAAACAUGCCGUGGUUGGAUUUACGAGGAGUCUGGGUGAUGCACAGAGACUCCAGGGCGUCAAGGUCAUUAGUAUCUGUCCAGGAAUUGUAAGUACUCCCAUUUGGACAACAGGCACACCAGGCUCUGGGGAAAGAUUUGGUAUUGUCGAAGAUAAUACGAUCACACCGGAAGUGGUUGCAAAGACAAUAAGCGAGGGUAUCGAGUCUCCUGAGUAUCCCGGCGGAACAAUCCUUGAGGUAUCUAAAUUAGGGACCAGAGUCGUGCCGGAGUGGUUUAUCCAGCCCCCGGGUAUGGUUGAUGGUAAAAUGCCAGAGGGAACUGAUGUCCCAGAGCACAUGAUCGUCAAGUCUCUGGCGCCGAUCAUGAACGUCACAGAGAGGGAGAGGGGUAAUAUGGCCUAUCGCCACGAAUAA